CGCGUGGGCGAGAUCUUCGUCGUGAGUGGUGAUGAGAUACUGAGCCAACUCAGCCAGCAACGGCCGGCCGGCCGGCGUUGCAGGCUUGCGGUUCCCAUGGAGGGGUACAAGCCGUGCGCGGCCAUGGUGGUGACGCAGUGCAUCUACGCGGCCCUGGCGCUCUGGGCCAAGGCGGCGUUCACCGGCGGCAUGAGCCCCACGGUCUUCGUCGUCUACAGGCAGGCCGUUGCCACCGUCGUCCUCCUCCCCAUCGUCAUCGUGGCCAAUAGAAGGAAGAUGAAGGAGAUGAUGAGCCCUGGAGUGGUAGGCUUCUCGUUGGUCUUUGUGGCCUCUCUUAUUGGGGCAACCGUGAAUCAGUUCCUGUACUACCAAGGGGUGCAUCUGGGGUCGUCAUCGAUGGCAUCGGCCAUGACGAACUUGAUACCCGCCAUCACCUUCGUCAUGGCGGCUUCAGUAGGGCUAGAAAGGGUGGACGUUAGGAGACCGAGGAGCCUGGCCAAGAUAUUCGGUACCGUCGUCUGCGUCGGAGGAGCCAUGGUCAUGGCAUUCUUCAAGGGCCCGCAGCUGCACAGCGACCUGAGCACUCUUCACUCAUCAGCUGGCAGCAGAUGGGUGAUGGGCGCGCUCUUCCUCGUCGGCAGCAGCUCAUGCUGGUCGCUUUGGCUCAUCCUGCAGGUGCCAAUAUGCAAAUCAUACGUGGAUCCUCUGACGCUGUCGGCGUGGAUGUGCCUCCUGUCGACGCUGCAGUCUGCGCUGCUCGUUUCGUUCCUCCUGCCGGACCCGAUCGCCUGGAGAAUCCACUCGCUCUUCGACCUCUCGAGCUGCCUCUUCGCGGGCGUGUUUGGGUCAGGCGUGACGUUCUACCUGCAGUCGUGGUGCAUCUCGGUGAAGGGGCCUCUCUACUCGGCCAUGUUCAACCCUCUCUGCACCGUGAUCACCACCGCGGUCGCCGCCGCCGUCCUCCGCGAGGAGCUGCACGUCGGAAGCUUGCUGGGGGCGAUCGCUGUCGUCGCGGGGCUGUACGUGGUGCUGUGGGGCAGAGCGGGCGACGGGAAGACGGGUAGGGCGCCGGAGCACGCCGACGAUAUGGAGAAGACGGCGGUGCGGUCGGAUUCGCAGCUCGACGUUGGGAAUGGCAUCGCCGAGCCGCUCCUUCAGGCGGACGGCGACCCAACCGAGAAAUACGCGCGGCUGGUUUGUCCGCACCUGCGCCCGCGCGCACAUGGACAUGGAUGCUCCUACAUAGCUGGCGACCGAGUGAGGCCCGCGCGUCCCGAUCUCGUCCUGUCGCCGCGCGCAGAUCUCCCGCGCCAUGGCAGGCGGCGGCGGCGGCGGCAUGAUGGCGUGGACGGGGCGGUACGGUCCGUGCGCGGGGAUGGUGGCGGUGCAGCUGUUCUACGCGCUCGUGGACGUGGCGCUCAAGACGGCGUACGGACUCGGCAUGCGCCCCAUCGUCUUCGUCGCCUACCGCCAGGGCAUCGCCGCCGCCACGCUCCUCCUCGCGUCGCUCGCCGCCAGGGGCUGCACGCUGCGCCCCAUGGCAGUCGGCGCGCGGGCCUUCGCCCUCCUCUUCGCGGCAUCCCUUGCCAGGACAGCGCGACGGGGCAGUACUUCUAUUUGCAGGGGCUACACCUGGCGUCACCGUCGAUGGCGAGGGCCACCACUAACCUCGCGCCUGGCAUCACGUUCGCCAUCGCCGCCGUAAUUGGGUUAGAGAAGGUGGAACUGAGUAGCGUGAGGAGCGUCGCCAAGAUCGUCGGCACAGUCAUCUGCCUCGGCGGGGCAGCGUUCAUGGCCUUCUUCAAGGGGCCCAAGCUCCUCGGAGCGCUUCUUCUCUCGGAGGCCGGCGACUGGGUGAAAGGAGGGAUCUAUCUCGUGGGAAAUGCUGUCUGCGUCUCCGUCUGGUACAUCUUGCAGGUUCCAGUUUGCAGAUCGUACCUUGAUCCGCUUUCUCUGGCGACCUGGAUGUGCGUCCUGGCGACCUUGCAAUGCGCGGUGAUGGCGUUCUUCCUGGAGCCAAACUACAUGGAGAUUUGGAGGCUCACCUCGUUCUGGGAGUUCCCCUGCAUCUUAUACGGAGGUGUUUUUGCAUCCGGUGCAAACUUUUUCCUCCAAUCCUGGUGCAUAUCAGUGAAAGGACCCCUUUACAGCGCAAUCUUCACGCCGCUGAGUGCAGUGAUCACAGCAAUUUUAUCCGUACUCUUCCUUCACGAAGAACUCUAUGUUGGAAGCAUACUAGGCGCUGUUGCGAUCAUCGUCGGCUUGUAUGGCGUUCUGUGGGGCAAAGCAGAUGAUGCGAAGAGCGAGAGGCUGGCCAUCCAUUCUAGCGACACCAAAAGGACCGUAGAUGCAGAAUGUAUCGGUGUCAGAGUAGAGUGCCGAACUGAUAUUUCAGAACCGCUGUUAUCUGAAAACGCUGGUCGAUGAAAAUACUCAAACAUGCUAAUAUUCUUUUUCGAUAGUUUAAACACAGGAGAAAUGAGUAUCA